AUGCAUCUCACCAAUUCCAUCGCUCAAGCCGUUCUCUGCCUCUCAGUUACGGUCUUGCCAGUCGUCCACGGCGCCAUCGCCAUCGGUAACCAGAUCAGAGAGGGUGGCACUCACUUCAACGUCGCCUGGAUCGAAGGGCUAGACCCUUGUACCGUUGAUGUUGCGAUAGCUCCAGAAAGCGGGCGUGAGUGCAAUCGCAACUUUCGACUCGAUGGCACUGAUUACUACCUCGUGGGCUGCACCGACCCCAAGACGGGUUAUGCCCAGAAACCGCAAAGACUUCGACGUGUCAAGGACAAUUCGCUCUAUGGGAAUUGUGCCCCAGUGAAAAAGAAGGAGAUUGACUGCAAGGGUAAUACACACAACGUCGUGAAGCGCUACAUCUGCGGUUAG